AUGCUUGCAGUAUAUGCUACCAGCGGUAAUGACGAGACUCCUCUCGCAGGUCUCAAAGUUGGUCAAGUACCUUUGCCUACGCCUCCAGAAGGCUGGGUUCGGGUUAAACUUUUGGCAGCGAGCGCCAAUUACCAUGACAUAUUCACCCUCAAAGGCUUUGGUGUCCAUCCCAUCAAAUUUCCACGCAUCAUCGGUUGCGAAGGUGUUGGAAUGUUGGAAGAUGGAAGCAAAGUGGUUGUUUAUCCGUUUAUGACUGCGCCAGAUUACAUCGGCGAUGAAACACUUGAUCCGGGUCGCCAUGCUCUUUCAGAACUCACUGAAGGAACUCUUGCGCAAUACUUUAUCAUCCCAGCCAAGAAUGUGGUGCCCUUGCCAAGUACAGUGGAUGUCACCUCAGGAGCUGUGCUUGGAAUUGCUUGGCUCACUGCCUAUCGUAUGCUCUUCACAAAAUCGGGCUUGCGAGCUGGACAGACGAUGCUGGUCCAAGGAAGCUCGGGUGGCGUCAGCACAGCUCUUAUCCAGCUUGGAGCGGCAGCAGGCAUGCGUGUUUGGGCUACCGGUCGCACAGCCGAGAAGAGGCAGCUCGCUCAAUCGCUUGGCGCAGAGAAGACGUUUGAACCUGGGGCAAAACUCCCUGCUCAAGUUGACGCCGUCUUCGAUACAAGCGGAGCUGUGACCUGGAAACACUCGAUGGCUUCCGUUAAGGCAGGUGGAACGAUUGUCAGCUGUGGUGCCCAUGGCGGAUUUGAACUGCCCACGGAUUCGUUGCGUCUAUUUGUUGACUCGCUGAGCAUCCAUGGCGUGUAUGCGGGAUCAUUCCAUGAGUUUCAAGAUCUCAUCUCGUAUGUGGCUGCAAAAGGCAUCAAGCCUUGCAUUGGCAAAGUCUUGCCACUUUCUCAGGGUGAAGAAGCAUUGAGAUUAGUUUUCGAGGGUAAAGCUCAGGGCAAGGUGGUGUUGACAGCAGACAGCGUAGCCGCAUAA